AUUUCAUAAUCUGUGACUUCGGAUUCUGAAUUGUUGAUAGGGAUUUUGGACGGCUAAAAACAUUUGUAUAAAUAAUAAUUGCUUUUGGUUUUAAAUUAGAUAUUUUAAAAUAUAAGUAACUCACAAGAAAAUUUUAAAAUCAAAGCAGACUUUAGUGUACUAAAGUAGAUAGACUUAAAUAAUUUUUAACUACAAAAUAUAAUGACCACCAAGACUACAUCAUAAUUACUAAAAAAUAUUAAAAUAUAAACAAAUCGUGACACAAAUUUGUACAUUAUGAUGAACGUACAUGAUAAUCAUGUUGGCCACUAUGCUAUUUCAGAACUUCUCCCUGAUCAUUUUCUAGAAAAUAUAUUUUCAUAUUUAAAUUUGCGCGAUCUUAAAAAUUGCGCAUUAGUAUGUAAAACUUGGCUUAGAGUUUUAAAUGACGAAAAUAAUGAUGUUUGGAGAUUGCAUUGCGUUAAAAGGUUGGCCGAAGAAGUCAUGAAAUCUGAUUUGCUAUCAAAUCUAGCAACCUAUAAGUCUAAGUUAAGAGCAUUCUACCAUGCUUGGAGUCCUUACGAUUGUUCUAGGAAUAUCUAUAUAAAACCGAAUGGGUUUACUUUACAUAGAAAUCCAGUAGCCCAAAGCACUGAUGCAUGUAGAGGAAAAAUUGGCUUUUAUAGAGGUAGACAUUUGUGGGAAGUAAUUUGGGAAGGACCACUGGGUACAGUAGCAGUGAUUGGAGUAUCAACUAAAGAAGCCCCAUUACAAUGUCAAGGCUAUGUAGGCCUUUUAGGUUCUGAUGAUCAUAGCUGGGGUUGGAACUUAGUUGAUAAUCAGUUAAUACAUAAUGGUGACACUCAUGGACGUUAUCCAACACUUAAUAACUGCCCCAAAUAUCAAGUUGGUGAACGCAUCAGAGUAAUCCUAGACUGUGAAGGACAUACCCUAUCAUUUGAAAGAAAUCAUGAAUUUCUGGGAGUAGCUUUCAGAGGACUACCAUACAAAAAAAAGUUAUAUCCUACUGUAUCAGCUGUUUAUGGUAACACAGAGGUUUCCAUGAUCUACCUUGGGCUACCAAUAGAUGGGUAACAAAUUCUGCAUGAGUGUUUUAAAAUCUCAACAUGUGAUAUAUUUAAUAUAUUAUUUAUUUAACUUUGUUAUUUUAGUAAUUAUAUUAUUAUUAAUUUUUAAAUGAUCUCUUAGUCAUAAGUGAGAUUAGUUAAGUCUAUUUAAUUAUAUAAGUUAUUAUUUUUUUGUAUUUGUAAUGGACAACAAUUAAAAAUCUUAAUCAAUUGUGAA